AUGACAGAACAAAUCCCUUUUCAUCGUACAUCAACAAUACGACAUCGUAGUAGUAGAAAUGGUUCAAUAGCACCACAGGAUAAUGUUCCAUCAAGUACAACUGUUCCAUCUGGUGGUGCUGGAGGUGGUGUCAGUGCGACUGGAGGCGUUGUUGCCGGUGGUGGUGGCGGUGUUGGAGGAAUUCAACAACAAUCCAGUGUAAGACGAGCAUCGAUUAUGCAAAAGUAUAUGGGUGAAAUUGAAUUCACUGGAUUAAAUCAAACAGCUAGAUUUUGUAAAUUAAACAGUGACACAGCCGAUUCUGUUCUACGUGAUAUUUUGAAACGUAAAUGGGGUUUGAAACCACCUACCCUUAUCAUUACUGUUUUUGGUACAGAUUUUGAAAAGAAAAGAAAAUUAAAAAUGAUAUUUAAAAAAGGUCUUUGGAAGGCUGCUGAAAGUGGUUGUUGGAUUGUAACGGGUGGUUUUCAUUUGGGUGUAAUGAAGUUGACUGGUGAAGCUGUACGUGAUUAUACAGAUGCCUAUGGUGGCAAUAGAAUGAUGGCAUUCGGUGUAGCAAGUUGGGAUUGUGUAACAAAGAAUGAAAUCCUUGAAGCAGCAUUACAUGAGGGUACAGCAGUUUAUCAGUCAGAAGAAGAUGAUGGUGAAGAUGCCGAUGACAGUGAACCAAUACUAGUAGAUCCAUCAUCACAGGCUGGUCUAAAAGCAGUUCGUAGUGAUGUAGAAGAACGUGCACUUGAUCCAAAUCAUAAUUUUUUCGUUCUUGUUGAUGAUGGGACAACAGAUCAAUUAAAAGGUAAAGAUGCUGAAUUCCGUGCACGAUUUGAACGUUGUAUAUCUUUAUGGAGUUGUGCAAGUAGUUCUCAAGAGCAAAGUACCACUGGUGCUAAUCAACAGAGUGGAGUACCAGGUUCUACAACGCAUUUACAACAACCUCAAAGUGGUGUCCCUUCAUCUUCGCCUAGCAGUAAUACUAAUCAGACUACAGGAGCACUACAAAGACAAGGCAGUACUAUUGCUGGACAAACUAGUACAACAUCUGGACCACAGACUAGUGCAACAUCAAUUGGUAAAAGUUCAGGUACUACAGGCGGUUCAUCGAGUAAUUCUGCUUUAGGCAGAGGUGCAACAGAACAAUCAGGUGCACCUGGUGCCAGAGGAGCAAAAGAUAAACCCAAUGCUGAUCCAAGUGUUAGUAAACCGACUAAAAGUGGAAAGUCCGUUGGCAGCGAAGAAGAUGUUCUUGUACCUAUGUGUGGCCUAGUUGUUGGCGGAGAUCGAUUCACUCUACGCCAAGUCUAUUGUUCCAUGAUACGAAAUCGCUGUCCAAUUGUCGUUACAAAGGGUACUUCUGGAGCUGCAGACGUGAUAGCAUUUGGAUUAGAUGCAGCAAAUAAAAUGGCUUCAGAAGAAGUUGUUGACGACAAAGAUCAAGUACCAUUAGAAGCCAGAAUAGAAUCAAUCAUCGAGGAGUUUCUUAGCGAUCUUCAUCCAGACUAUACAAAUUAUACAGAUGAAGUGAAUAUGUUAUGUGAGAUAAUUAACGAUUAUACAAAUUUGGUGUCAGUAUUCGAUAUGGAAGAAGAUUCGGAUCUUGAUGGAUACGUGAUCUCAUCUUUACUUGCAAGCGCUGGUUCAACGGUUGCAUCAGAUCAGAUUAAUUUAGAACAGUUGGAGAUCACACUGACACUGAAUCGUGCAGAUAUUGCACGUGAGAAAAUAUUUUUAGAAAAUAAAAAAUGGAAGAAAGGUCAAUUGAACGAUUACAUGUAUCAAGCAUUGAUGAGUGAUAGACAUGACUUCGUCAAAUUAUUCUUAGAACAAGGUUUCAGUUUAGAAGAAUUUCUUACAGUUUAUAUGUUGGAGAAAUUGUAUACAGAUCAGUUGAAAAAUUUGAAUUCAAAAGUAGCCAUUUUCAAUAAAAUGUGGGAGUACAAUCGAUCACAUCGGACAUCUAAAGUGGCUCUACGCGAUGUUGGGAAAGUGAUCAAAGCGUUGGUUGGCGACUUCUAUCAUCCAUUGUAUCUGAGUAAAGAAUUUCAAGCUAAAUUGAUGCCAGAGAAACGGCUUGAAGGUGCAGAUAUUCGUGAAUGUUUACUACGUUCACGUAAGUAUAAAAGUAGUCGUAAUUCUAGUAUAUGCUCCUCAUCAAUGUCAUCAUCAAAUAAUCAUGGUGCUAUAUGUCCAAGAACACUUGGUUUAAAAGAAUGUGUACGCUUUAUUGAUCAUGGAGAAGAUUAUGAGUUUGUCAAUACAAAUAAUUUCAAUUCUACCAUUGAUACUGGAUUUCGUAAUCCAGCAUUUUUAGAGUGGGAUAAAAAUAGAACACGUGCAAUAAUACGUCGAGGAGCUGCUAGCGUUGAACCAACUGAAGAUCAUAAAGACUCUCCUCGUGACGAUGAUGAUGAUGGUUAUGAUGAUAAUGAGAAUGGGAAUGCCUACGGUUACCGUGGAAUGGAUGAUAAUAUUAACAAUAAUACUGAUGAAUAUCUUAUCAACUAUAGACUACCACGUAGUUCAACAGUGAUAACCACGGUAAGCGGUGAACCUUUGCUUACAUCACCUGGUACACGAUAUCAUGAUAAAACAAAUGAAGCGACAAUAGCCGGCGGCGGCGGCGGCAGCGGAGCAGGUAAUCAUGGCUAUACACAAAAUCAACAGUCAAACAAGCCAACACGUGCCCAUUCACAUAAUCGAGCAAUUUCACCUUAUGAUAGACAGAGGUCAAGAGAGGUCAACGAUAUAGAUAACAGUCAACCUAGAAGAAGUACAUAUCUGUCCGCAACUAAUAAUAAUAACAGCAAGAGUUCUCGCAACAGGCAUAGUCGACGUUCAUCAUCACAAACCAAUGAACAUGAUAUGUUGAUUCCAGGUCAACCGUUAAUCUAUAACGCCACGAUAACAGCUGUUAAUCGAUCAGGUCAUGGCUCACGUGGACCAUAUACUAGUCUUGGUCCAGGUCAUUUUCGUAUAGCUGGAAGAGCACCUUUAGCCUACGAUACUACCUCUGUUGGAACUACAAGCCCAGUUCAAACACCUAGACCAACUAUGCAAGAUGCAUUACAAUUUUCAUUUGAAAAUGAUCGUGUCCAACGUAAUUCACUGUUGAUUUCAUCAAAUCAAAACGAAAAAUCAUUGAAACCUGUCUUGUUUGAAGAUGAAGUGAUUAAUAAAUCCUCGAGAUCAUGUUUUACAUCAUGUCUCCAGUGGAUUUCAUCAUUUUUCAGGAGAUUAUUUGGUCGUAACGAUGAAUCAAUGAGAUCUAAGAAAUCUGGCAAUCUUGGACAAGAUCCAGGAGGGAUUAAAGGACCUAAAGAGUUUGCAACUCUUCGAGCAAUGGCAGCGUUAGCUGCAGCGACAGCGGCAACAGCUGUGGCUGAUCCAACAAAAGCUGCUCAGGGAGAUGAAGAACAAACGAAAUCAAUUCAGUUGGAUCGUCCAGCUAGAGAACUUUUAAUCUGGUCAAUUUUAGUUGGUAAACUACGGAUGGCUGAAUUAUUUUGGACAAUGGAAAAAGAACCUAUAGCAGCAGCUUUACUGGCCUCAAUACUUUUAACAUCUCUGGGGAAUAAAACAGAUGACUUCACAGAUAAAGAAGAUUAUAGAAGCUUUGCAAAAAAUUUUCAAGAACGUGCAGAAGGUGUAUUGAAUGAAUGUUAUCGAGAGGAUGAACAUCGUACACAGUUAAUUAUUAAUCAUGAAUUAAUCUAUUAUGGUCGUAGUUCAGUGAUAAAACUGGCUGCUGAAGGCCAAAGUAUUAAAUUUAUGGCACAUCCAUGCUGUCAAGAUUUUCUUACUAAUACAUGGAGUGGUAAUCUAUCAACAAAGAAUAGUGUAUUUCGGUAUUUUCUGGGAAUCGUUUGUGGUUUGACAUUACCAUUUCUAAUCCCUAAAAUCAUCUUAUCCAAACCAAAAUCUGGUCAUACAGUUGAAGGAGAGGAAUCAGUUGUUGCGUCUGAACAUCAUGCAUCUGCACAUGAUCAUAUUUCAACAUAUACAAAUGUAGAAGAUGCUGGUAAAAAAGGUGUACGUAAAACACUUAAAGUUAGAACAUUAGAAUUUAUUUCACAGAUUCGUGAUUUCUAUAUGGCACCUGUUAUUCGUUUUGUGUAUAAUACUCUUUCUUAUAUGACAUUUCUCAUCUUGUUCAGUUAUCUUUUACUGGUAGAUUUCAGGAUCAAUAUAACAGUUGUUGAAUAUAUUGUCAUUGCAUGGGUGAUCACACUGUUCAUAGAAGAAAUUAAACAGAUUGCUUGGGCUGUAUUAUCCGGUAUCAGUUUUAGAACGUAUAUUUCAGAUGGUUGGAAUAAAUUAGAUUGUGCUGGUUUAGCUUUAUACAUUGUUGGUUUUAUAUUACGAUUAAUUGUUCUAUUACGUUUGGGUGGAGGUGAAAAUAUUAACUUUGAACAUGAACGUUACUAUAUUGUAACAGAUCCUAUCCUGGAUCCAUCAAGAAUUUGUCUUGCAAUCAGUUUAUUCACUUUCUAUAUCCGUUUAAUGUAUACAUUCAGUUUUCAUAUUGCAUUAGGACCAAAAUUGAUUAUGAUUGGAAAAAUGGUGACGAAUGAUUUGAUUCCAUUCAUGAUUAUUUUAACUGUGAUUAUGGUUGGUUAUGCGGUAGCUGCUCAAUCGAUCGCUUAUCCUAAUGGUUUAUUCACUAAAGAGAAUAUGACACUGAACUCGGAGAUAAAGCAUAUGACAUUCGCAGAUAUCAUCUUUUCAAUGUAUACAACUGCAUAUUUUCAAAUGUUUGGUGAUUUCAGUUUAGAUGCACUACAAGGCGAAGAUCGUACAUGUCAGAAUCAUAUGUGUCCUACAAAAACAUCCCGUUGGCUUGUUCCAAUUAUGCUUGGAUUCUAUGUCUUAUUAACAAAUAUACUGAUGUUCAACUUACUUAUUGCCAUGUUUUCUAAAACGUAUGAAGAAAUUGAAAGUGCUUCAACAUACUAUUGGAAUUAUCAAAGAUAUCAAAUGAUUAAUGAUUAUGUACACAGAUCACCACUUGCACCGCCUAUAAUUAUUGUAUGGCACUUUUAUGAGGCCUAUAAAGCUAUUGGUAAUCAAUGUGCAAGUUUAAGAAAUGCAGAGACAACUAAAUAUAAUCCAUUCUGUGUACGUUUUACUGAUAUAAAAAAAGAAAGAGAAAUGGUUAAAUGGGAGCAUAUGAAAGCAAUGGACUACUUAAGAGAACCUUCAACAAAAGCUACUGGGAAACGAGGCGUGGCUGAGUCACGAGCUGUAGUAUUUCGUGGUGGUGGUGGUGUUGGUCCUGGUCAAGGACCAGUUAUGGAUUUAAAAAGUGAAAUGUCCAGUGUUACAGAGGGGAUUGGUAUGGAGUUAGAAAAACGUUUCAAAGAAAUAGACAAUCAAUUCCAGCGAUUCAAUGAUGUUGACUCAAGACUGAAUGAUGUAACCCAAUUACUCACUAAUUUAUCUGAAGUUAUCAGUAAUAUGACAGAAACUCAACAACGAAUUAUUAGACAAAUCAGUGAACUCCCCGCUUGUCAAUGUAAUGAAUUCACCGAUGAAGUUGUUCCAGUGCAGAAAUCCUCUACAUCACCAACAGAUUCAUCAGCUGUAGAGACAAGGAAACGUACAAAACUAGAAGUGGCUAUUCAGUCAGCGUUGGAAGCAGCUAAAGAUGUCCUGCGACCACCGACACCACCUCCUCCACCGCCUCCUCCACCACCUCCACCAAGGGAAUCUCCGGUCCUUUUAGCUGCUGUAGUUCCUGGAUCAGAAGAUGAUUCAAGUGGUUCCGAAGAAGGUGGAGAUCCUUCAGCUGAUCCUAUGUCAGUACCUCCAGUGCCAGAUGCAAAAACUGGUCGAGUGAUAGAACGCGUUUUAGGUGAUCAUCGUCUAUGGAGAAUGGCACCGUUCAAUUUUGAAAAAUAUCCUGGUAUGAGAAUGAAUGUACCUCCGGAGAGAAUGGCUUGGACUGCUGAAUAUCCUGAUUAUUUUGCAUAUGAUGCAUGUGAAGAGGUAUUGCUAUUCCCAUCGGAAGAUGCACACGACGGAGAGAAUGAAAGUCUACGCAGUAUCAGUUUCAAUCAAUACGAUUCUAAGGCUAAACUACGCCGACAAAGUUUACUUGGUCGAUAUCGACUGGAUUCAACCACUGGGGCGCCACUUAAUCCAAUGGGUAGAACAGGAUUAUUGGGUAAAGGAUUAUUGCCACGUUGGGGACCAAAUCAUUCAUUGGUAUUAUGUAUUACACGAUGGACUAGAGAUACACGUACUGGUGCACAAGUGAUACGAAGUAAUCGUGGUGUAUUACAAUAUUUAGCGUUGGAAAGAAAUAAAAGGUUAUGUAUGCCAUGGUAUCUCACAGAUCAUACGAACCGGUGUGACUUUGAUGAAUGUGUACCGAAACUUAUCAGCACUUUGAUAACCAGACGAGCACGUGCUAUGCUUCCAGAAAGAAGAGUUGACAAAUUAUUGAAACGAAUUGAGAAGGCUGAAGUUACACAGAUUUUCAAAGGUUAUCUUGACGACCAAUUGAAUGCUGAUAGUGCAUGGAUGGAGACAGUGGUAAUCAAUCUGCAUGAAUCUGAGAGCAAAGGUGCUCAACUUCCAGACGAUAUACUUAAGUUACUCAAUGAACCUGGUACAGAGGAACAAGUUAAAUGGAUUGAAGUAUCGCAUAGCAGUAAUUUACGCACAAGUCAUAAUUAUAUACUGAAAAAUGUUGCAGAACUUCGAAGAGCUUUUUAUUAA